GCCCGGCCCCGCCCCGCCCCCGGCCCCGCCCGCCGCCGCCAUGUUGCGGCCGUUGGUGCCCGGUGCGGGGUGAGGCCUGCGCGGGGCCCCGGCGGCGGCGGGGCCCUCAGAGGAGCCGCCUGCGUGGGUGGCAAUCUUGAACCUCUUCCUUGAACAGCAUGGUACGCGCUGGUUUGAAAGCUGCAGAGGAGCUACUGCAGAUCUCCAGAAGUCCCCAGCAAUAGCACCACUACCAAAAGCUUUCAUCAUGGGGGACAUGAAAACCCCAGACUUUGAUGACCUCUUGGCUGCUUUUGACAUCCCCGAUCCGACUAGCCUUGAUGCCAAGGAGACCAUCCCAUCAACUGGGGAGGAGAAUGAGAAUCACCUGAAGUCGUCGGGAAUCUGCAUAGAUGAGAAUGUGUCCUUAUCCCAUUCUUUGCCUCCCUCUGAUGCUCCUGUUGUGAGUGUGAUAGUGAAGAACACGAGUCGCCAGGAGUCCUUUGAAGCAGAAAAGGAGGGCAAUCACCUUGGGACUGGUCUGCUACACAACGGGUUUCGUGGGUCCGAUCUGCCAUCAGAGGCUCACGCUUUAGUGCAUAAUUAUGGCAAGUUUGAGUCAACUUUUAUUAAUGGCGACAGCUCAAGAAGUUACUCUGAUAAACUGGACCAGUCCAAGUCAGAGCCUUUGCCAACAUUUAGUCAGUUUAGCCCAAUUUCCAGCCCUGAACCAGAGGACACAUUCAAAGAGAACAGUAUUGGUGAUAAACCCAAACAUGCCCAAACUCCGUAUUUUCCACCACCUUCAAUGUAUAUACCAACAGGAGCUUCAGUACUAGAUCAUCUUAGGAAGGUACCAGAGCCCGAAUUAAGCAUGUUUGAUCAAUACUGUAAAAAGGAACAAAAGAUGGAAAUCCACUGCCAGCUGGAGAAUAGGCUGGAAAUGAGCAGGAGAGAACAAGACAAAGCAGCAGAGAGGUUUGUGGAGUCAAGCAAGGACUUGGUAGAUACCAAUAGCUUUCUUGGAGAAGGCUUGGUGUUUGGAGACCUCCCUCACAAUAAUUUAGGAGAAAGUAAGGGGUCUGUGCCCGAGCUGAACGUGUCUUCGUCGGUACCGCCUCGCCAGAGGUUAAAGCCAACUCAUUCAAAGUUGUCAUCCUGCGUGGCGGCAUUAGUAGCUCUUCAGGCCAAAAAGGUUGCAUGUAUUCCAAAAGGCGAUCAGCCAAAUCUUACCAAGGAACCUGGUCCUUUUAAAGACGGGACGAAGGGAAGUCCAAAAAUGCCUAAGUCGCCAAAGAGUCCUCGAAGCCCCUUAGAGGUGGUAAGGAAGGCCAGCAAGCAGCCCGAGAGUCCUCGAAGCGUGUGCAGCGACAGCAGUGGGAAAGGCUCCCCUUCCAUGGCAGCUGGCUCUCCGCCAGCUAUUCCCAAAGUUAGAAUAAAGACUAUCAAGACAUCCUCUGGUGAAAUUAAAAGAACUGUAACUAGAAUUUUGCCAGAAAAUGAUGAGUUGGGCAAAUCUUCAGAAGAGUCGCCUGUGGAAACCUCAUCUGCCGAAGAGUUUAUCAAAUCUUUCCCAUCACCUGACACUAGUGCAGUUAUGGAAAGUGAGGCUAGCAAGAAUUCAACCAAAAAUGGGACUGCUGUGGCUAUCCAGCUGUCAAACGUAACGAGUCCUUACGCAGACGGUAUGAAAACAGAUACUGCUGCAAACAGCACAUGUGCCGUGUCCUUAUCUCCACUGCCGAACUGUGGUGGUGGUGCCAUAAAAGUAGGUGUUAAGAGGCAGCAGCAGGGUACUGUGAUGCAGCCAUCCAACGUGACCACCUCCAGCCUUCUUCCCAAAGCCGUGCAUUUGGCAAAUCUCAACUUAGUCCCACAUAGCGUUGCUGCUUCUGUUACGGCAAAGUCAUCCGCACAGAGGCGAAAUCAGCCUCAAGUGACACAGAUGUCUGUGCCGCUGGUGCACCAAGUCAAGAAAGCUGCUCCUGUCAUUGUGGAGGCGUUUAAUAAAGUACUACACAGUGCCAAUCCAGUGCCAAUAUAUACUCCAAACCUUAGCCCUCCUCCUGACACCAGUAUUAAUUUACCUGCCUCUGGGUAUUGUUGCCUGGAAUGUGGGGACUCGUUUGCCUUAGAGAAAAGCCUGACUCAACACUAUAGUAGACGAAGUGUUCAUAUUGAAGUCAUGUGCACUCAGUGUUCAACUAUGCUACUUUUUUUUAAUAAGUGUAGCUUGCUUAAACAUGCAAGAGAUCAUAAGAGCAAAGGAUUUAUCAUGCAGUGUUCUCAGCUGCUAAUGAAACCAAUUUCCUUAGACCAAAUGUUUUCACCUUCCUCUACGAGCUCUUCAGCCUCUCUGGCUCCUCAGACUUUGCACUCGCCCUCUCCUUCGCGUAAGCCCAGUGCUACUUCAGGAGGUGGGGUAGGAAUUUCUGCUAACACUCAGCCAGCCUUGCCUCUCUAUACGGACCCAUUGAGACUAAUCCGUCAUGGACUUAAGUGUUUAGAGUGUAACAAGCAGGCGCAGGAUUACGUUGCUUUAGCAGCUCAUUACCAGAGAACCUCAGAAGAUAAUGAGAGACUGACAUGUCAAGUGUGCCAGAUGAUGCUGCCCAACCAGUGCAGUUACUGCGCUCACCAGAGGAUCCACGCUCACAAGUCUCCGUACUGCUGCCCGGAGUGCGGAGCCGUCUGCCGCUCUGCCUAUUUCCAGACUCACGUCAAGGAGAACUGCCUGCAUUACUCCCGCAAAGUCGGAUUCAGGUGCAUCCAUUGUGGAGUUGUCUUCAUGACCCUCGCCAUGCUGAAAGUGCACAUCCACGAGAAACACUGCGAAGUCUUCCACAAGUGUUCUUUUUGCCCGAUGGCCUUCAAGUCAGCUGACAGCACCACGGCUCACAUGACCAGCCAGCACCCAGCAGAGCCUCACAAGACUACUCAGGUGAUCUACAAAUGCUCUUGCGAGACAGUCUUUAACAAGAAGAAGCUGCUCCAAGAGCACUUCCAGCAGAACACCAACAAGUUGUUAGUGGGCGUAUUUAAGUGCCCACAGUGUCAGCUGGUGUAUAUGCAGAAACAGCAGUUAAUGCAGCACGUUAAGGGUGUUCAUGGAGUCCCACAAAAUCCUGAGGAGCUCUCAAACUUUCGACAGAAAUCUGAGAAGGCAUCAAGGAACCAGGUUCAUACCUCACCAAAGGAGCUGUCGGUAGCCAAUGGGACUUCCCACUCCCCUCUGCCGAGGAAGGACAUGAGGGUGGAAGGACACAAUCCCGAAUCCAAGUCCAGACUGAGAAGAACUGGUUGGACUUGCAAGGAAUGUUCACAGUGGAUCCCCGAUCGGGAAACCUAUGUGUCCCACAUGAAGAGAAGUCAUGGAAGGUCUAUGAAGAGAUAUCCCUGUCGACAGUGUGAACGCUCAUUUAAUGCCUCCAACAGUCUGCGUAGACACAUCCGCAAUAAUCACGACACAGCAAAGAAAGUUUAUACUUGCUGGUACUGCACAGAUGAAAAUCAGACAUUUCCUCAGCCGUUCAUGCUGGAGAAUCACAUCAGCCUCAUGCAUGGCAUCAAAAACCCAGACUUAUCCCAGAUGGCCAAAGCAAAAGCUCCAGAGAGAGACACAGCAGAAGCAAAAUCUCCAAAGAGGAUGGCAACGGAUGAGCUGGGUCAGGCAGAGACCGACGUGGGUUCAGACGUGCCACCAGCCAAAAAACUGAAAGCACAUUGGAAAUGUGCUAAAUGCGGAUUUGCGACAGACAUCAGUACUGAGUUUCAGGAACACAUACCUCGGCACAAGACAGACAGCUCCACCUACCAGUGCUUGUUCUGCGGCUUGUGCUACACCUCUCACAUCUCUCUGAACAGACACCUCUUCAUUGUUCAUAAAGUAAAAGACGAGGAGGAAGAGGAGGAGGAGGAGGAAGAGGAGGAGGAGGAAGAGGAGGAGGAGGAGGAAGAUGAAAGGCAGAAGUUACAAAGGGAGAUGAGUGAGAACGGACACGAGGGGUAUAAUGGCGAGAUGAACACUACGGCGGAAGAAGAAAACCUGAAAUGCAAAGAGUGCAAAAGUGACUCAGCUCUUUGUGAACACAGUCAGACGUGUGGCGUGGAGGGUCCUAACAGCACCUCGCAGAACAAUCAUACAAAGUCUCUUAAGACUUAAAAACAAAAUAACCCUUUUGGUUGGUUGGGGGUUUUUGGGGGGUUUUUACUCAAAAUACAGGGUGGGGACGGGGCAAAUCUUUGAAAUAUUCUGUUGAUUUCUUGGGAUGGACAUUGCUUUCCGUUAACUUCUAUUUGUAAGGGAAAUUUAAAAAAGAAAACAACCCUGCCAUUGCAUCCUAAGCACUAACUCUCUGCAAGACCAGAGAGGUGAAAAGGGAAAGCAGGGCAAGAAUCCUCGCUGGAGCUUGUCCAACUCCUGAGGAUCAAGGAGCACUUUCUGCAGCUGCAGUUUCCUUAAGAUGAGCUCUCUUCCUUCGAGUGUGCACUGCCUCAGCCUCUGGCCGGAGCCCCAGCCUUGCCUUCCCUAUCUCGCUUUCUUUCUCCUUCUAUUUAUGGCUUCUUUUUUUCUCUUCCCAUCCUGCCUUUGUUUUACUCAUUUUAACUCAUAACACUGUCUCAGCAAAACACACUUGUCAGGACCGUGGUGGCUGAUCCGGGAUCUGCGUUACACGGGACGGGUUCAAGCUGUAAGUUGUGCUGAUUUUUCCUUAAUUGCCCGAAUAACAACCUUGUUUUCCAAAAGGCAAUUUAAUGAAAUGUCUUGGACCUGAAUCAUCCUGAAAGGGAAUUUUGUAGCCCCUGUCCUCUCGAGUGAGCACAGCUCAAAGCCACGUGUCGUGUUAAGGAGGGCCUGGUGCCCCUCGGGGACUCGCUGGCUGCGUGUCAGUGGAGUUGCGCUGCCGGGAGCCGUCCCGGGGGUGGGUGCAGCCAGGCCCGGUGCUCGGUGGCUCGUCCUGGUGGGCAGCUCGGGCAGAGCCGGGUGGCAGGUUGGCAUCAUCCCCAGAAGAGGAGAACAUCCCCGGCCCCUGUCCGUGCCGUCGGCCGGAGUGAAACCGUCCCGGCACUCCUGAUGGUGUCAGCUCUGUCCCGGGGCUCCCUGACCGGCUCGUUUUGAGCUGCUGCGGCAGAGGAGGGGAGCGCAGCCCACAGAGGCGUCGGCAGAAGCGGGAACCACCGUCCUGCGGUGCCGCAGGGGCUGGCGCUCCGCCGGUAGCUCUUCUCCCACCGCGGCUCGGCGUCACCUGGGAGACGUUUCCUUCCGCGUAGUCAUAUUGACUCUCUCUUUCCUCGCUCCCCCGUCACACACGCGCUUCGUGUAAUAUAAUUAUCUUCUAUACCAUUAUUUUUUUUAUGUUGAGCCAGAACCCUGCUCGUUAUUGUUUACUAUGACGAUGUUUAAAUAAUUUAAGAACUAUUUAUCUUAUUGCAUUUGGAUCACUCACCUUCUCGUCUCGACGUGUUUUGAUACGAACAGUUUGGACUCUUUGUAUUUUUUGAUACGGUGUACGUUAGCCUAGGGGAUGUUUUACCAGGUAGCCUACGUAGAGUUAAGGAUAGCAGGGGGCACUCCCGAGCCAUCACGUAUCUAUUUAACCCGCAGCGGCGUUCGUGCCUUGCUAUGAUGUUUACUUCGAAGUAUUGCAAAUAAAAGCAUCCAAGGGU